GUAUUUGCAACCCUCUCUCUCUUCAUAUUAUUUACAACUUCCUCAUAUAUUGGCUUUGAUCUGAUCCUUUUCCGAAUUUCAUUCACGUUUCAGUUAUACACAAUAUACAUACGAAGUAUUUUUUUAAUCUUCAUUCUUAUUAUCUCUUCUUGAAUAUCUGAUCCUCACCAAAUUUUCUUGAACUCUUUUAUAAUGGCUAUGGGGGAUGAAAACAACAGUGUAACAUAUGAAGAGGAAUAUGUGUUAAAUUCGAGAGGAAUGAAGCUUUUUACGUGUAAAUGGCUACCUGGGCAAUCUGAGCCUAAAGCUUUGAUCUUUCUCUGCCAUGGAUAUGCCAUGGAAUGCUCUGUUUCAAUGAGAGGUGCUGCGACAAGGCUUGUGAAAGCAGGGUAUGCAGUUUAUGGCAUGGACUAUGAAGGGCAUGGGAAGUCAGCUGGUUUGCUUGGUUACGUUCCCAGCUUUGAUGCUGUUGUUAACGAUUGUUCUGAUCAUUACUCCAAAAUUUGUGAGAGGAAAGAAAACAAGAAAAAGAUGAGGAUGUUGCUGGGAGAAUCAAUGGGAGGAGCUCUUGCUCUUCUCCUCCAUAGAAAGCAACCUCAUUUCUGGGAUGGUGCUGUCCUGGUUGCUCCCAUGUGUAAGAAAAUGAAUUGAAUAAGCAGGUCUAUUUAUACUGAAGCAUGGCAUGUAUGUUGUGAACUGGCUGGUUUAAUACACAGUAGGCAAAGAACAUCGGACCCCUUAUCUUUGCACAUUACUUCAAAAGUUCUCUUUAGUUGUUGCUUUGCAUUUAAUGCCGAUGUACUUUAGAUCACACCCAAUAUUUUGUACUGCCCAAUGAGAUAUGUUCGUACACUUCAUUUAAUGCAUACAUUGUGUUGAAAGGAUCAA